AGCAAUACUUAUUGGAAAAAGAAGAAUAUAAAGUAUAGGUUAUAAUUUUCUCAGGUUUGUAAAUUAAUAAUAUAAAUAAAUGUUUGAUAAUAGAAACGAAAUAUUAUAUAAAUUAUGAAUGGUAUGUUAUCACAAUUAGAAAAAUAAUAAAUUAAAUAAUGGUUACAAUUCACUGGACUUUUUCUAGAAUUCCUCAAUAUGCAUGUUUCAGUAUUAAAAAUUUCUUUCGCAAAUGUCACUUAGUUUGUCGAUCUCUUACUUAUAAUCAUUUCUUGGACCAAAGUUAUAUAGCAGAUGUAUGUAUGGAACCAUUAUUUUGGUUUGUAGAUAAUUUUACUUAUACAAUCGGCCCGAUAUUUGUAGUUUCUGUGAUAGGAUUAACGGUAUCCGUAGUUAUAAUAGCUUAUUGGAUAGGAAUACCUUAUUGGUGGAACAGAAAUCCUAUUAUUUGCAUAUUAUUAUUGAUUGUUGGACAUUGGUUAUUAUUGAAUAUAUCAUUCCAUUAUUAUAUGGCUGUCAUAACUUCCCCAGGAUAUCCACCGCAGGGAGAAUUGAUACCAGAAGCAGUUAGUAUAUGUAAAAAGUGUAUUUCUCCUAAACCACCUAGGACUCAUCAUUGUUCUGCUUGUAAUCGAUGUAUUUUAAAAAUGGAUCAUCACUGUCCUUGGAUAAACAAUUGCGUCGGAUAUGGAAACCACAGAUAUUUUUUUCUAUACAUGGUAUAUAUGGUAUUGGGAGUAUUGUUUGUCAUUGUUUGUGGAUUUGAUUUAGCAUAUACAGAUAUAUGGUUAACACCUUCGGAUGUAGACGAUCCAGAAUUAGAGGGACAUUCUGUAAAGUUUAAUCAAACAGGAGCUCUUAUACCUGUGACAGAUGUACCACAUUUAGAUAGCUCUUUAUUGGACGACGAACCCGCUUACAACUAUAUAAAUCCAUGGAGAAGAAGAGCACUUGUUUAUAUGGCGCUUAUAAAUUGUGGAGUAUUACUGGCAUUGGGUAUGCUCUCACUUUGGCAUAGUCAGCUAAUAAGUAAAGGCGAAACUUGUAUCGAAGCGAAUAUAAAUAAAGCUGAAACGGUUCGAUUGAAACAAUUAGGAAAAACAUAUUCGAAUCCAUACAAUUUUGGAAGAAAGAAAAAUUGGAAAAUAUUCCUAGGACUCGUUCAAGGAAGGACUUUUGUACGUCACGUAUUAUUUCCCUCAGCCCAUAAACCAUUAGGUGAUGGACUGAAAUGGCAUACAAUUCAUGAUGAAGACAUCGAUGAGUGGCCAUGAUUUUUUUUCUAGCCAUUUUUAUAAAACAAGGCGUAUCAUUAAUUUAUUUUAAAUAUGCCUCUACUUUGAAAUAAUAAUAAUAAAGUCGAUUUAUUCGAAUUUUAAA